AUGGUGCGGCAGGGUGCGUAUGUUUAUGAAAGAGUGCGGCAAACUGAAAGAGUGCGAGAAAGGGUGCGGGAAUUACUGAAAGGGUAUGGCAAUCCCGAAAAGGGUGCGCCAAACUUCAACCGUCUCCGCAAAACCAAAAUUUCUCACACUCUCGAUUCACCGUCAGAGUACCGUCGUCGGAAAAUUACGGCAAUGUCGUCGGAGUCGUCUCAGUCGUCUCAGGAUAAUGGAGUUAAUGAAAUUCCUGGGGAAAGGAGGUAUAAUGACAGCCAUUAUUUUUUGGCGAAGUUAAAAGUUAGAGCUCAUGUGGAAACUGUCAAAGAAAUCCGAAAUGCCCUUACAAAUACCCAGAAAAAAUUGUUUAAAACAUGUUGCUUCGGGCAAUUUUUUAAGAUGGAGACUUUGAAGCAUAGUUCCAGUUUAUUACAUUCUGUGUUAUUUCGUCAAAUCAACAAAGGAGUGGUGGGAGAGGAAAUGUGGUUUCGGCUUAAUGGGGUGGACUGCAGAUUUGGUCCUGUUGAAUUUGCUUUAAUAACAGGAUUAAAAUUCAGUAGGGAAAUGGUUAAGAGGAAGGUUAUAGGAAAAUCCCGAUUGAAAUCUCAGUAUUUCCCAGGUAAAAAGGCAGUUAGCUAUGGUGAUUUAGCAGCAGUAUUUAAAGAAAGAGUAUGGAUUGACAAUGAUGAUGAUGCCAUUAAAAUAUCUGCUUUAUAUCUACUUCAUUUUGCAUUAUUGGGAUCCGAUAAUAGAAAAACUAUUCCAGAGAAUAUUUUAAGUAUUUUUGAUGAUUGGGAUACUUUUAAUUCAUAUCCUUGGGGCACACUUGUUUGGAAGAUGACAGUAAAAUCUUUGGGUGAUGCUUUGGUAAAACAAUACAAUGAAGUUUCCAGAUUGUAUCCAUCGAAUUCAAAUGAUAUCCCAAUAUUAACUUACGGUAUACGAGGAUGUACGUUAGCAUUUCAGGUUUGGAUAUACGAGACGCUUAAUAAUUUGAAAAGAUUUGUAGUCUGUAAAUCGGUUAAGACAAUACCUCGAAUGUUGAGAUGGAAAAGUUUAGAAGUUCCAAGCUGGGAGGAUAUGGAUCGUAUUUUAAACUCUUCUGAAGAUGUUGUCACAUCUCGUAUGAUUGCAUCCAAAGUUGAGAGGCAAUCAUGGUAUUACGAAGAUGUUAUAAAUGACAUUGAUGAUUUAGAAGAAUCUGAUACAACUCCUGAUGCACCUUCAUCCCCUCCAAACAUCCAACCUGAUGUAACAUCCCCUCCAGACAUCCUUUAUGGCGUUACAUCCCCUCCAGAUAUCCAACCUGCACCUUGGAGUACUCCUGUUCGUAGGCGACGAAGUUCAUUUAUAAGUAGUCAUGUGCCCUCGCCUCAACCGGCUGAAGAAACACAUACUUGCAAUAUUCCAAGUGCAUCUACCCGGAUGGAUGAUGAUAAAUUUGAUAGACUUCAAGAGCUUCUACAAGGGUUUAUGCAAAAAGUGGAUGAACGACUUGAAAGCAUUGAUGAGCGGCAAACACUACUUGAAGCACGUCAAAUAUCCAUAGAAGCCAAAUUGACCGAGCUUCAACAUAAGUACCAUUCAAACCCAACAAGCCCAACUGAAGUGGAUGAGCCAACAGAAGUUCUGUUUGAGUAUUUUGAUCAGUUGGAUACGGAUAUCCAACAAACAAUGGAUGGCACAAAUAAAACUCAAACAGAGAAUCGUUCCAUUACUCGGAGGACAUUACGUGGAAGGAUAAUGAAGAAGGGUAAAGCACUUCGGAGCCCAUACACUGAUCCUUUUGAACAUCGUCGUGCACGGGCAGUGAUAGGGGCAUCCUGCAGAGAGGAUAUAGUAAAUCUUAUGUGGGAAUAUUUGCAAUGGUACGGAGACCCUCCCGAACCGGGAUUGGGAAACACUUAUUUAUAUGGGCCAUGCGAUAAAAUAAAAUGGUGGAAGCUAGUAUGUGAAGAUAACCAUUGGCUCAUGGAUCAGGUAUAUUAA